AACGAGUUAGGAUGACAGUCUUAACAAACCUUUAUCUUAUCACCAACACAAGGACAGUCUUAACAAACCUUUAUCUUAUCACCAACACAAGGACAGUCUUAACAAACCUUUAUCUUAUCACCAACACAAGGACAGUUCUCAACUGUUCAUAAGCUUUACUCUCUAAGGUUGUUUCAGGACGAAGUGUUGUGAAUUAUUAUUUUUCAUUCAUCAAAAUCAUCAAAACAAUAGUAAAAAUAAAGAAAACCAACAAACAACUUUUAAUUAUAAUAGUUUCAUAAACAUUUAUCAUAUAUAAUUUUGGUCUAUUGAGUGUUAGUACAGGAGGACUGGGACACCUGUGAUGGCCACACUAGAUAACACACCUUUUCACCUGAGGCUCCAACCCUUCACAUAUUGGUAAAUUGCACACGGCAUAAUGGCUGUGUGGCAAAUUCUUCUGACUGUAGUGGGGAUACUAGUAGGAGUUAUACGGUUUGUCUACAAUUUUCAAGCUGGACGCUGCAAGUCCCAAAAGAAAUUGGAAGGAAAGACUGUUAUUGUCACUGGGAGUUCUGCAGGUAUAGGAAAAUCUGCAGCUCAGGACUUUGCUAGACGUGGAGCACGAGUGAUCUUAGCCUGCAGGAAUUUAGAGAAGGCUCAAAGGGUUGCUGAUGAAAUUAUCAAGAACUCUGGCAACAAUCACGUAGUUGUCCGUAAACUGGAUACUUCAGACCUCAGUUCUGUGCGACAGUUUGCAAAUGAGAUUAUCAAGGCUGAGGAAUCCCUGCACAUUUUGGUGAACAACGCUGGUAUAGCGGGGGAACCCAAACGAAAGUUUACAGCUGAUGGUCUCGAGUUGACUAUGGCUACUAAUUAUUAUGGCCAUUUUCUUCUUACCAACAUGCUUCUCAAAUUGUUGAAAAAAAGUGCCCCCAGCAGAAUUAUAAAUGUAUCAUCUGUAAUGCAUAAUUACUGCAAGAAGUUAGAUCCUGAAGAUCUCAACUUUGAGAAGAUGUCCUUUGGAAGAAUUAAGGUCUACUCACAGAGCAAAUUGUGUAAUGUUCUCUUCACACUUGAGCUCUCAGAGAAGCUUCGUGGCACAGGAGUCACAGCCAACAGCAUGAACCCUGGAGCAGUAUGCACAGAAAUAUGGACUAAAGAUAAUUCUGUUAUUGGAUAUGUACAAUUUGUGCUGUUCAAGUUGGUAGGAAAGGAUUGUGACUUGGGAGCGCAGACUAUUAUAUACCUGGCUGUUUCAGAAGAUGUUGAUGGUGUCUCUGGCAAAUAUUUUGAGGAGUGUAAGGAUAGUCAAUGUUCCAAACUUGGAAGACACCGUGGAUUUGCUAAGAAGUUAUGGGAGGCUAGUGAACUGGAUGUUAAGUUACAGCCUGAAGAAGUACACUAUUAAUCAUGGAAAGAAUCACAAAUCAAGAAUUAUCUUGAUUGACUUGGAAACUCGGGUUACCUGCUUUUCCUCUGUUUCAGAUGUACAGUUGCGAAAAUGUGUUCCUACACCCCCUGUGGUAACCCGUGACCUAUAGCAAACCUAUCCUCCAAUCAUGUCCAUCAUUACACGACCAAUACCCAUUCAUUCUUAAAUAGUGAUACUACUACUGUGAUGUUGCCGUUUGGAGACACGGGUUACCACAGAGGAUGUAGGAACACAUUUCUGCAACUGUAUCUGAAAUAGAUAACUGAUUCUGACAAAUCCAAACUUGUUUCUUGGAAGAGGUUGAUUACAUUUAUAAAUGCUGUCAUUAAUUUAGAAUUGUUAUACAGUAGAACAUCGAUAUAAAGCAAUUCAAUUUAA